AUGGAAGAUGAAGAUAAAGAUGAAGAUGAAGAAGAUAGUGGCAAGUAUCGGCAUGCGUUCCGAUCACUUUUUCCCUCAUUUAGCGAUUUCAUUGGUCGUCCGAACAUCUGGUGCAUUGAAAGGGGAACUGACAGCACAAUUAUUCGUGAAGAAGUUGGAAAGCAAGAAGGAGAGGAAGAAACCGAGAACUACGUUAAAAUUUUUCUAUAG